CAAAGCAGCACGGGGGUUUUAUUAUGUCGGAGGUUUUCAAACUAGGUGAUCUAGUAUGGGCGAAGAUGAAGGGAUUUUCGCCUUGGCCUGGCCGGGUGUCUAAUCCUUCAAAGGAGUUAAAAAAACCAACUAAUACUAAGAAGGGGCCAGUUCAAUGUAUUUUCUUCUUUGGAACAAAUAAUUACGCAUGGAUAGAGGAGUCCAAUAUAAAGCCAUAUCUAGAAUAUAAAGAUACUCUUGUAAAAUCUAGUAAAUCUGGUGCAUUUAAAGAUGCUGUAGAAGCAAUAGAGGAAUUUAUUGCUAAUGGAGAGGUUUUUGAGGAUGGCUUAGAUCCAGACUCCUUGUUCGAUAGACUCAAAGAAGAAAGUUUAUCUGAGAAGAAGAUUGUGGUGAAAACACCCAAGCCUCGUAAGGAAACACCAAAAACUAAAAGAAUGGACACUAGUGCGAGUGAUGCUCGUCGUCCUGCCAAGAAACAACGUAGGGAAUCAAGUACAAGUAACAGUAAUAGGGUUGGCAGCAUCAGUCCUGCGCUAAAUCAUUCUACUCCUCCCAGAAAAUCAGGGUCAACGCUUCUUAAUAGGCCUGCAAAUAUUGCUAGACCCGUGACACCUCCUUUAGACGUGGAGACAUUGUCGCAAACUCUUAAAGAGAAAAACAUCCUUCCGUCAACCUUGAAAUUUGGGUUCCUUGGUUUGGGUAUCAUGGGUAGCGGCAUCGUAAAAAACCUUAUCAACAGCGGGCAUAGCGUAAUUGUGUGGAAUCGGACAGAAGAAAAGUGUGCAGACUUUGUGAAAGCAGGAGCAGAACAAGGUUUAACACCAUCCGAUGUUGUGCUUGCUGCCGACAUCACGUUCUCUUGCGUAGCCAACCCGCAAGUUGCCAAACACAUGGUUUUCGGUAAUUGCGGAGUCCUCACAGAAAUAUCUCCGGAGAAAGGAUACGUGGAGAUGACUGGCAUAGAUGCGGAAACAUCGCAGGACAUCGCCGAAGCAAUAACCGCAAAGGGUGGUCGUUAUUUGGAGGCUCAGGUUCAGGGUAGCAAAACACAGGCCCAAGAAGGUACUCUGAUAAUCCUUGCGGCUGGCGAUCGGGGUCUGUUCGACGAGUGCCAGUCUUGCUUCGAAGCAAUGGGCAAAAAUAGUUUUUAUCUCGGCGAGGUCGGAAACGCUUCCAAAAUGAACCUCGUGCUUCAGUUAAUGGCGGGCGUGACUCUGGCCGGUUUGGCCGAAAGUAUGGCAUUGGCGGAUCGCGCCGGUCUUCAGCAGAAAGACGUGUUGGAGGUUUUGGAGUUAACGUCGUUGGCUUGUCCAGCGAUUCUUGAUAAAGGGAAAGCCAUUAUCGAGGGCGGUUUUCCAACACAGUUACCACUGCAGCAUAUGCAGAAAGACUUAAGACUUUCUUUGAGUAUGAGCGAUCAAUUAGAGCAACCAUUGCCGUUAGCCGCCGCAGCGAACGAAGUCUACAAACACGCUAAACGUCUUGGUUAUGGCGCGCACGAUGCCUCCGCUGUUUACAUCAGAGCCAGGUUCUAACGGAGCAUGCAUCGUCGAGCUUUUCGCUAUACCAUAUUUAUUGCAAUAUCUAGCGUUUCCCGUCGCUACCAGAGAAGAGUAGUGCGCUAUUUGUCGAGGAGUAGUGGAACCACUAUCGAAUGCUAAACGAAGCACUAUGACAGUUGUUAAUACGUCGUGAACUUGUUGGGAUAUGAAAUAAGUUCUGUUAUUGCUGUAACGAAACAAGAACCAAAUUCGACGUAUUUGAAUGAGUAUGCAGUGAAUUUGAUGCACAGGCCUUGUCGCUCGAUAUAACACGAUGUAUGUAUAAAAUAUGAAUAUACUUAUACGUUUUUUUUUUUUUUUUUUUUUACAUGUUUUUUUUUUCAUGACGACUCUGCGUAUAUAUGAACUUUUUUCUUUUACUAUUAACACACGGCGACUACUUUUCUCGAUAACAGUAUGGGUCAUAAUAGCCGAUCUCUCGAGUCGCGUCCCGACUUCGAUCCCGUAAAACGCACUCCCCGCUUGAAAACUUGAGAGGCUUAGGACGUGUCGAAAAUGUGCCUUACGAUACCGCUUGAAACAAGGCUUUUUAAUUGUAUUUUUUUUAGGUUACACGAAUGAUAAUUUUACUUUGAGUUUAAUUCGGUAUAAUGAAUUCAAGUUGCACGAUGAGGAUUAACGGGGACGAUAUAUAGAAAAAUUACCAUUGUUAGGAAGGAAAUAACGAUGUAGUUAGAUUGUAUGCUUUAUUGGUGCAAUUAUAAGGUAUAAUAGAGGGACAGUGAUCUCGGUUUUGUAAACAAAUUGUGGCGGUAUUUUAGAAACAUCCGUUAAGUAGAGCGAUGAUUAGAUGACGAUUUUUGUAUGGUUUCCUUUUUUGUUUAUCCUUUUUAUUCCAAUAGCAAUGAAAAUUGUACAUUCAUCUCAUUUUCCUAUUUUGUUCACUUCUUUCAGAAUUUGUGGUGAUGUACUUGUUAACCUUUUGCAGACAACUAUUUAAAGACUCGUUUUGGUUUAGUGAAUUGUCACGUACAUAUUAAGGUGUAAUAAUUAUUAAGAAUAAAUUUUCGUUAAUUCGUUUCGAUUUAGAAAGAAUUUCCAGGCGCAAGACCAAAACGGUAAAAGUAUGUUGUCUGAUAUAUCCGCCAAGGGUUAAAUGUCUAACAACGAAGCUACAAAUAUUUAUGAAAUACCGAGGAACAUGUUGGUUUUGAAUGUUCUUUGUCAUCAAACUAUUCGUCUGUAGGAAUUUUCGGAUAUAUUGCCUUAAAAAAUUAUAUUUUUCGCAUAGAAAUUAAAAACCUUUUGCGCCUAGCGUGAUUAUUACGAUGCUUUAUUCUCAUUGAUGUGGCUCUUACCGAAUAAAUUUACAGCAACGUAGAAUCAAUCGAUCUCUUGGUAGCGUUACAAAAACGAUAAAUAGUAAAAAUAUAGAACGAUAAUUAGUAGAUGUGUUGUACGUUACUAUAUAUAGAGACUUAUCGACUAAAAUAUUUAAUAGACGAUUACUUUUCUUUUCCUGUGUUACUUUGCCGGGGCAUAAUCGAAGUGCUCCUUUUCUACUGAAAAUUCCAUUCAACGUUCGCGACUGUGUUUUUCAUCGUUCGAAUUUUUAUAGCGAUUUACGAACAAACAUUUUCAUUCUCUGCACGAAAAAUGACUAUUUGCAGUACGAAAACGAUCUUCUCCCAACUUUCAUAAUUGAUGGUAUCGCAUGUUCAACGAACAUGGACGUGUCGGGACAGUUCUUAGAACAAUUUCCACGAUAAAACGUUCUCUGCUCUCUCGUGUGCACGAUGUUGCGAUCUUUUUACGAAAAGAAGGUAAUCUUCUUGAUGAGGAGGGAAGUGAACGGCGCUUCCGUUUCCCAGGACGGUCGUGCGAGUCUCACAAGCGACACGCGACGAAGUCGAGGGCGACCGAAAGUUUUCGAGUUUGUUCGCGGACGAAUUUGUUAUAGAGUAAAUUGUACGAGUUUACCUAUGUCGGAAAAAUCGAUAAGUUUAUUCUUUUCGUCUGUCAAAUAUCGGACGAUAGUUUUUACAAACUUUCUUCGCUGACAAUCGGUGAUUAUUUUUCUAAUGAUAAUUUAAUAUCGACUGAACGGUCCAUCGGAGGGGAAUACCGGUGGACGAUGCUUGGUUUUUAACGAUAGAUCGAUAUACGUGUUUAAAAAUGUUUUAUCGAAUUCUUUCUCGAUACAAAGGAAAACUCGUAUCGCUCGCUCGUUCAUACAGACAGACUCUUGGGUGUGUGGAAAAUCACGUGCCACAACAAGCUAUAACAGUGGCUGGGCACCCAUAUCAUAUAUUGUAUAUGUAAUUAGAUUAUGAAUAGUUCUAAUACUAUAAUAAUAAAUUGUACAUCUAUGAGAUGAAACAGGAAUGAUGGAAAUAGAAAAUAUUAAAUAUUCUACAGCAAACAUAAAGAAAACAAAAUAUAUAUAUAUAUGUAUAUAUACAUAUAUAUAUACAUAUAGCUAGUAAAGUGUAUAAAUCACAGAGAGGGAGAAUUAUGCGUGAGUGCGAUUGGAUGAGUGAGAAUACGUCAUGAGCAUUGCGUCAGUAACUGACGUUAUAUGUUUUGUCACGAAAUACACUGGUUUUUGAAUAAAUAUCUAUUUGAAUUACGAAGAUUAAUAUUCAAUGCCUGGAACGUUAGC